AUGAACAGCAGAUCUCUUUCGCGCUCUAAGAAGGCGCUUUCAACCAGUUUAGUACUAUUCUGGGUUCUUAAGGAAAAUGCAAAAAUUCAGUUCAUUAAAGCAAAGCAAUCGAAGUACGCACUUAAAGUCUUGAUAGGAAAAACCGUUCAAAUAGAUCAGAAGACAUACUCUUCAAACGACUUUGCCCAAAUUUCAAUGGUCUUUUGUGAGAAGAUGAAACUCCUCAUAGAACGCGAAAAGAGCAAAAAGACGCGAAUUUUGACAAUCAAUAGAACCGUCUUGGAAAGUAUUCGAUCACACAAAGAGUCCGUCAAAGAUUCUGAGGCUUUCGACUUUAACCAAAUUAAUGACUGCAGAAACAGGGAAGCUGCUUUUUCGAACUUUCUCUCAUUUGUGUUGGUACAAAGAGGAUAUUCACUGUGUUUGAACCUUACCACUUUAAAAGAGUCUUCAAAGGUGAUGCACUUUUAUGUGUGGGAGAAAGUUGUUGACCCUUCUGGUGAGGCUUUGUGCAUUAAACAGGACGAAAUUGUCUUAAGAAAAAUGGUAGAAAACAUCCAAGUGCAAAACACUGACAAUUUGGUGGUGUAUGGAAUCGGUGAUGUGUUACCACACUUGUGCACCGUGCCAGUAAGUGCUUUUGUCCCUGUUGACGAAAGAGACUACCAAAUAUUGUCAAGUUUCAAUGGAGUCCACCAUCCAUUUCAGUGA